UUUUUUUUCUUAUUCAUCUUCGAUUCUUUCACCCGUUUUUCCCAUAAAAGGCAUGAACAUAAAACACAAACUUAUAUAAACAUUGAACGGUUUGUUCAUGUCACUAGCUCAUCAAGUCGAGUAUUAACUCUAACAGCCUGGACAAAAUGGAGCUAAAAGAGGACUGGCAGAACUGUGAUGACGUGCUCAAGGGUAACCAGCUCAUGCUGGAGCACCAGUACGCCUGUGACAUACACUUUCUGCUGGGGGAGGCCAUGGUCCGACAAGGGGCCCACAAGUUUGUCCUCAUCAGCAGGAGCCCCGUGUUUGACGCCAUGCUAAAGAUGACAAUGAGAUUGCAAGGGUCAGAAGGUGAAGAGGUCGACAUCCCAGUGCCUGACAUUGAUCAUGGAACAUUUCUACUGUUUCUGAGAUAUCUGUACUACGGUUUCUGUGAUUUAACCCCAGACAAUGUUAUCAACCUUCUGUACUGUGCCAAGAAGUAUGCCUGUACUGGGCUGGUCAAGAAAUGUCUGGACUACGCUGAGGAUCUAGUGGACCCCAAAAAUGCUUGUGCUCUUCUUGAACAAGCUCACUUCUUUGAUGAAAAAGAGUUUGGCGCCAAAAUUUUGUCUGUUGUGCUGAGAAAAUCCGAGGAAGUUCUCGUUCUUGACGAUGUGACUCAGCUCUGUGAGACUUGUUUGGGCAAGAUUGUGGAAAGUGAUAAACUCAUGGCCAAAGAAGAAACUGUGUUUGCUGCUUGCAAAAAAUGGGCCGAAGCUGAAUGUGGUAGGCGUGGUCUAGCGGUGACAGAUGCCAACUGCAGAAUCAUGCUUGGUAGCACUUUAUAUAAGAUACGUUUUCCUCUGCUGUCCCCAAAAUUCUUUGUGAGCCAACUGGCUCAAAGCUGCCUCUUGUCCGAGGAAGAAAAAGUGGACGUCAUGGCUCAGUUCAUUGUUCCUAAAAGAGCUAGUUCCUUCUUCAGCAAAGUCUUACGAACUGUACAGAGGCACCUGAAGUUCAAUCGGUUCCAGGAAAGAAGUGAAGCAGCCUUCAACAACCGUUCCGGAAGUAACGCCAUUUGUUUCCAGGUGAAUCAGGAUAUUAUUCUUGAAGGCUUCAGCGUAUACGGGCCUUGUAGAGGCUCAGAGCAGGAGCUACUGGUAGAAGGCCGCGUCCUCGGUGCUGACGACGAGACCUUGACCUCCGUGGAGGCGACGAUCUUCACCAGCGGCAAGCAGGACAUCUACGACGUGAUGCUGGACCAACCAGUUCGACUGUACCGAGGUGUGAACUACACACUGCUGGUGGACAUCAAAGGCUCUCACACUUUCGCUGGACAGAAAGGCCGGCUGUCCGCGCUGUGCAACGACACCCUGUUUGCAUUUUCUCACUCGGACAAAUCUCUGACAGGAACUACAACAACCCAUGGGCAACUUCCUGGGCUCAUUUUCUCUCGAUGAGCUGAAGAGAAUUACAUCGAACAUAGAGAGGCAAAGGGGAAAGAAAAAAACAAACAAUUAUUAUGAGAAGAGUUACCUGCCUUUGAAAUAGAAGAGAAGGCUGAACAAAAAUAUCCUGAGAUCAUUCUUAUUUUACAGUCGGUUCCUAUUGCUCGUGAGUGAAUGUAAUCUAUCUCUUAUAGUGAUGCAAAUUUUAGGGAGGUGCCGAUGUAUGAACCUUUCUCCUGCAUUGUCUCAUAUGUAUUAUUUAACAUGCAUGUAGUUUUCGAACGUGACUCAGACAUGGACGGAGGUCGGCUGAAUUAGGAUGGAAUAUGUAGUGGUCAAGUAUGAACAGAAGUGUUUUAUCCAGGCGGAAGAGAAAACGACUAAUUGAGACCUUGCACUCUAUGGGGCAGAUGACUUAAAGGGCAUGUUUCUUUGUCCAACCGUUAUCGAGCAAGGUGUCAUGUGGCCAGUACACCAUUAGGUUUCCCAACUAAAAAUCACAGUAUUCACCGAGAUUCGAACACAGGACCUCUCGGUUCUGAAACUAAGCAAUUUAUCAAUCAAUCAGCCACCUCAUCCCCAUCCAGGUGGAAUCUCUCCUUACUCAUUGCUGCCUAAACGUCUUCACGAAAUAACAAAAAUAAUUUUGAUUCUGAGAACACUUGACCAACACAACUAAUUGGUAUAGGGCCAGUGUAGGCCUAUCUGUGAUAAGCACCGAUCGGUGUUAAUAAGAACACAUGAACUAUGUAUAAAAGCUGUUAUUAUUA